AGCCAGUCAAAUGCUCCCCAGUCACAGCAUGCUCCAGAAGUGCAGCCAUCCACACAGCAUCCACCUCCUCCAACAUCCCUGACAACACCUUCCCAUCCUCCACCUUCCCAGCCUCCUCCUCCAACUUCAGCACAGUCUCAUCCACUAACAUCUCAGUCCCAUCCUUCUACAAUGCCAUCUCAUCCUCCCUCAGCACAGCAUCCUCCUCCCUCAUCACAACAUGCUCCUCCCUCAGCACAGCACCCUCCUCCACCAGCGCAACAUCAUCCCCCAUCAACACAGCACCAUACUCCAGCACAGCAUCCACAUCCAUAACACAACACCCUACUGCAGCACAGCAUCCUCCCUCUUCAGCUCAGCAUCCUCCACCUGCAACACAACAUCCUCCAUCAACACAUCCUCCUCCUCCAGCACAACAUCCACCUCCACCAGCACAACAUCAUCCUUCACCAGCACAGCAUCCUCCUCCUCCAGCACAGCAUCAUCCUCCAUCACAUCAUCAUCCUCCACCAACGCACCAUCCACCUACAUCGCAGCAUCAUUCACUCCCUUCAUCACAACAUCCUGCUCCCCCGGCUCAGCACUCUGCUCCCUCAGUACAACAUCAUCAUCAUCAUCACUCCUCACAACCAGCUCCUCCUCCUCCCUCACAAUCUCAUCCACAUGCAGCACAACCUCAUCCACCACCUUCAGCACAUCCUCCUCCUCCACAGCAUCUUCAUCAUCCAUCCCAUCCUCACCCAUCAUCAUCUCAGAUGCAUUCCCUCUCAAGUAAACCUCAUCAUCCUCCAGCGCAACCACAUUCUAACAUUCCGCCUUUACAGAGUCACCCUCCAACCCAUAUCCAGCAUCCAACAACCCACCCUAUCCCUCCUUCAACUCAGUCACAUCCUUCCCAACCAUAUCCUCAUUAUCCAUCACAACCCUACUACUCCCAUCCUCACCAUUCUCAGGCUUAUCCUCCUCAAAGCCACCCACACUCACAUUCUUCACAAAGUCAUCCACCUGUACCACAUCAGUCCUCCCAGCCCCAUCCAUCCUAUCCUCAUCCUCCUCCUGGUCAGCCUCCUCAGUCUUCAAGUCAUUCUUCUCAUGCUCCUCCUCGGAGCCACCCUUCCCAGGGCCACCUACCCCCCCACCCACACCCAUCUCAUAUGCACGUUCGCCACCCUCAUUCCCACAUGCCACAUGCAGGUAUGUAUCCUCCCCACCCAUCACACCCAGUGGUUAGUCAGCAUAACUCCCAGCCUCAUGGAUCUCACCCUCGACUUCCCCAUCCUUCUCAACCUCAUGCUCAGGCUUAUCCCCCACACCCUCAGCAACCUCACUACCAGCCACCACAGCUUCCUCAUCCAGCUAUAAAGACUGAAGGAGCUGGCAGUGGGCCACGCUACCCAGUGUAUCCCUAUCCUUCUCACCACAUAAGCCAGGGUCAUGAUGUAGGGUCAGCUAGAGGCCCAGGACUUAUCAGUCCCCCACAAACAUCAGCAGCUUCUGCAAAAACCAGGCCACCUCAAGAUAUUGACCCUUCACGGAUACGUACAAAGGGGGAACAAAAAUCUUUUGAUCCUAGAAAUGCUGAGAGUGGAAAGUUGAAAAUGAACACAGAGCCAUGGCCAAAUUAUCCACCUGGUGUGCACAACACUUCACAGGCACAGCAAACAGGUGACCAAACACCUUACAAUAGCUCAAGGCCUGUGAACCAGCCACACGUUUCAAAUAGCCAAGAAGGACCAAAGGUGGCUGCAGUAUUUGAAUUUAAGGAGGAGGAUGCUCACAAGACAGAUCAAAAUCAGGGAGGAAACAAGAUGUUGGAACCAGGCAAGGCUGCUUUGGCAGACAAACUUCACAAGAAACUAAACAGAGCUGAAAGCACUGAGUCAUUGGUUGUGAAGAAAGAAACUGUAACAGAAUCUCCUGUACCAAAGAAAGAAGAGGUUCCUGAGGAGAAGGAUGAAUGGGCUUCUGGGUUUGACAAGCUCUUGGAAGACUUAGCAUCAAAUCCUGAAGGUGUUACUAGCAAGAAGAGUAAAACACUUGGAGCACGUUACUUGCAAAAGGUGCAGAUCCAGCAUGCUAUAGAUAAUGAUCUGAUUGCGCCUCCACCUACUGCCAUUCUAGAGGAAGAAGAUGAAAGUGAACCUGAGGCUCCUGUUAAGUUCCGUGGCAAGUUCAAAAGUAUUAAAGAUAAGAAAGUAGAACGUGUGAUUCUCACUUAUGCCUCGCAUUCUGAUGAAAGUGCCAUUGACAUGAUUCCAGAUGAAGAUGCCAGUGAUUUUGAAGAAGAAUUGAAACGUGAGAUAAGAUCAAAGGACAAAAAGCGGGGUCAUUUUAAGAAGCCAAGAGGCGAUUCAAGCAGUGGUAGUGAAAGUGGUAGGAAAGAUAGUGACAGGAGAAAAAGUGGUGGACGUGGAAAGAAUAAAGAGAAUAAACCAAAUAAUAAACAGGAUUCUGAUUAUUCUGUAAGUAGUAGCAGUGAGAGUGAUAGUAGCUCUAGCUUAAGUUCAGAUGAUUCUGAUAGUGAUGAUUCUGAGUCAGAGGAGCUGGUUAGACCUCGACGAAAAGGAAAGCAGGAUUCAGACAGUGAUGUAGGAAGAAAGAAACCAAAGAGGCGAGGAGGGAAGUGGGACAGUGAUAGCAGUGACUCUGAGGAAGAGAUCAUACCAAGGAGGAGAACAAGGCGUCGCAGAAAAUCUUCAAGUGAUGAGGAUUCUUAUAAACCAGUCCAGAGAAACCGAAAGAGGAAAAAGAAGCAAGAUUCCAGUGAUUCAGAGGAAGUGUCCUUAAAGACAAGAAGGGGAAAGAAGAAAAAUAAAUCAGAAUCAGAAGAAGAAGAAUUUGUGUCAACUAGAAGAGGUAGGAAGAAAGGUCGUAUUCCCAAUAGGAAAAAGAAAAACCGUCAGAGAGAAGAUUCUGAUGAUGAAUCAGAAGAUGAAAAAGCCUUGCCAAGAAAGACGAGAGGAAUGAAGAAGAAACAACAGGAAACAAAGAACAGAAAGAGAAGAAAAGAAUCUACUAGUGUAAGCUCAUCUUCAGACUCGGAUGAAGAGAAUGAUAACAAAACAAAGAAAGAAGUGGAUCAAAGAAAGAAGGGCAACAUCAAAAAGGGUAGGAAGAUUUUGGAGGACUCCAGUGAAGAUUCAGAACUUCCUGCAAAGAAUAAAAAUCAUAAAAAGAGUAGUUUGAUUGUUGACAGUGAUGAUUCAGAUGAAGAUUCAAAGAAGGAGACUAAGGAACCAGAUGAGAAAAUAGGUGAUAAAGUUGAUGAGGAGCAAAAAGCUGAGUGUAGUGUAAAGGCAGGUACAGAAAAUGAAGCAAAGGAAGGAGAAACGCAAGCAGAAGAGGACACGUUAGAUCUAAGUGAAGAUAUGGAGUCAAAUUUAGAAGGUGAUUCAGUCAUUGAGAAACUUAACAAGAUGCGCAAUGAAGAGUUAAACAGAGAGGAUGUAUUAGAAAUGAAAGCAUGGUUUGGUGAGGUUAACAAUGACAUCAAGAAGCAACUUUGUAAUCUCCAAGAAAUGGGCUUUAGGAACAACUGGAAGAAACCACAAUUUGGAGUAGGUGAUGAUUUCUUGCAUGGAUGGCAGACAGAUGUAAAGAAGUAUAAAGAACACACAGCCAGACUUCCCAAGAAGUUGUGCCACUCUGUCAAGCACCAAGAAACCAGUUCAUCCAAAGGAACUAGAAAAGGGCGUGACCGUGACUCUGGAAAGGAUUCUCCAUCAAGACAAGGAUCAUCUUCCCCAGCUAAGAAUACGAGAAGUAAAUCUGGGAUAAUAAAGACAAGUAUGGCAGUAGCAGAAGAUGAUAAACUUAAAGUACCAUCUAGACCAGAAAUAAGUAGUGUAAUGCAAAGAUUCUUUGAAAAGGUUUUGGCUGAUUCUGCCACUGAUGUGAUGUCAAAAGGUAGUCUUGCCUCCAAGAAGUUUAAUCUGGGACCAUUUCCGGCAUAUGGAGCGCAGCGAGUCCCAACAGGGCUGACUCCAACACCUUCAGUUGCUCCCUCCAUGUUAGCAAGUGAUGAUUCAGACCUGGAUUCCCUUGCAAGCAUCAGAACUGAUCUGCCAGCAUCUGAUAGUGUACCAGUUUCAAAAAGAUCCAUUGCUAGUAGUCUGCUUAAGAAAAUUGGGCGGAAAUAUAAUGAUAAAAAGCUCAAUACUUUGUGCCUGGGUAAACCUCGAAGUAUUCUUGAGGCUACAAACAAACCUCAGCUCCUGCCAACUCCUGGCAUGCCUACAACAGAAAAGGACCUUGAAAAUAUGGAACCAAAUGAGAUGAAAAUUGCUACAUUUUUCAGAAAAGAAACAGUUAGUAAUUAUAGGGAUAACUUUGAGGUAGUGGUCACCAAGAAUGGCAUUAAUGAAUUCACACAAAUACUCUAUCAAUCUAGGACACGCACCAAGACCAAGCAGAUUCAGGAUGCUGCCACUGUUAGAUCAGUCUUUGGUGCAGAUAUUCCUCCUCAUCUGCUGAAGAAGGCAGAAUUAAAGAAGGCCAAGAAAACAUUAUUAAAGAAGGGAGGAAAGAAGGAUGAGGGAAAGGCAAAGGAGGAGAGUUCUCCAGUUCCUGUAAGCAGAGCUAGCACUCCAGGAGGCUCAAUGCAGGCUGCUGGGGAUGAGGAUGAUGACUCAGAACUUCGCAGUGAGCGUUCAGAGUCUGUCCUCGGAGAAUCAUCAGCUCCCAGUGUGACUAAGAAAGCACGGCGGAAAUUCCGCAAGUUCAGAAGUGGUUUUGAUUAUAUACGUAAAAAGAAGAAGGUCAAGCCUGAUGAUGAAGCAACACCAUCUAGGAAGCGCUUGCCUGUUAGGAAGCAUGUGAAUUGGCCAGAAGAGAGUCGCGAUGUUGCAGCUGAAGUUCGAAGCUGGGUUGUUAACAAAGGUCUUGGAGAAACUGUGUUACACAAAGCUGCAAGGCUUCAGUAUCAUGAUGUGGUUGUGUACUGUGCAGAAAGUCCAGAUUUUGACAUUAAUGUGCGGGAUAAUGCUGGAUACACACCUCUUCAUGAAGCUUGCAACCGAGGUCAUUUGGAUAUUGCACAGGUUCUGUGCUCCCAUGGUGCCCAUGUCAAUGCUCCGGGUUACAAAGGAAUGCGGCCGUUGCAUGAAGCUGUUGAAAAUGGCCAUGCAGAACUGGCUCGCCUACUGCUUGCCUAUGGUGCUGACCCAAUGCUCACAACCUAUGCAGGGCAGACCUGUUUUGAUCUGUGUGCUGAUAUCCAGUGCACGCAGCUCCUGGAAGGUUUCUUUGCAGAUCUCAAGGGUCAUGAUGGCGAAAUGUGGCACUUUGCUGGUCCUACACGGCUUAGUGAUCCUGAGGAACAAGGAUGUGACAUAUUUGGCAUGAUACCAGCACCUUCUUGCAAUAAAACAACAUCGGAAGACAAUGUGGAGUCAAGCCAAGAUACUGAAUUGAAGGCAACAUCAGAUUCAGUCACCUCAAGGAACAUUAUGGUGGAUGAAGCAGAUAAAAGUCAGAAGGAAAAAGAAAGAGCAGACAAAGAAGAAGCAUCGUCACUGGAUGGAAAGUGUAUACAAAGUUUGUCAGAUAAAGACCUUAGUGUUAGUGGUGGUGAGGUAGUCAAAGUUAAGAGCACUGUUAAGGAAGAGCCAAAAUCUGUUGAAGUCAAAUUAGAGAGUGACACCAGCAUGACAACGGAACUGUCAUCAGAAAAGAAGGUGUUGUCCAGUGAGGAAGUGAAUAAAGAGGAUGAGGAGGAAAUUAGUGAACAGAAGGAAGAUUCAGAUACGGAAGAUGGGUGGAACAUGCAGGUUGUAUUUGAAUUAUGUGAGUCACCCUUACUAGAUACUUAUGAGGUGGAAGGACAGCCACACAAGUAUCUGUUGUUAAUGGAACUUGUGAAGCACCUGAAAGUGACCCAAGAAGAACUUAUAAUUGCAGCAAAGACAAUUGAAACAUUAGAACUGAGUCCAGAGGAGUUUGAGAAACGUGCACACUGUUGCAUAGUAGGGUCCUGCAGCCGUGCACUUGUUGAUGACUGCUCCUCAGUGGUCCUUGUAAAGAUUACACCUUCUCUAGAGAAAUUAUUGGGUAUUGAAACUGUAAAACUUUAGUUUGAUGCUGUAUGUAUGUGAAUAGAGAUGAGAUCAAUAUUGCUUUAGACAUUUUAUAAAAAAAAAGCUUAUUUAAAGCCAAAAUGUAUGUGGAUCAAUAUGAACAGUUUUAUUAAAGCCUAAUGAGGGAGUCCAGAUUUUUUAGACUAUAUGUUAUCAUUCUGAACCAACAGAUGUAAAUAUGACUUUUGUAAGUUGCCCUUCAUGGCUGAAUAAGUGAUGUGAUUUUUUAGGAUUAUGAAUGAAUGAAAAAAGCUAUAUGCCAUAUUCAGUACGAAGUGUAGGAAACAUUGAUACAUGCAGAGAUAACUUGCUCUGUGAUAAGGUUUAUCAAAGAUAUACAUAUGCUGUGAUAAGUCUCAUGUAAAGCCCAAAAGUGAUAUACAGACAGCUACAGAAAAUCUUCCAAUUUAUAGAUCUUUGAGCCAACACUGGAUUCAUUGGGCUGAAGAGACUAAAUAGACUCUAAUCACGGGUUUCUCCAUAAACAUUGAGUGAAUUGAUGGUAGCUUAACAUGGUAAUUAAACCCUUCAUGCUGUACUCAGAUUUUAAUGACUCUUGAUACUACGGUGAUAUCUUUUAUUAUGGCCGAUUUAUCUAGGAGGUAAAUAAAAAUUUGAGCCUGAGUAAACAUGGACAUUUUUCUACUAAGCAUCGCACUCUAUUCCUAGAUAGACUAUGUGGUUCAGGGGAGAUUUUUUUUAAUGGGAAUUUGUGUGCAAUGAGUUGUUGCAAUCUAGAGUUAUUACUCAUCCAUGCUAUCUCAAAUUAUUUAUGUUUGAGAUUACUCUGUACAAAUGAAACUUAUGAUUAUUGUAUUGUAUAUAAUGAUGAAGUUGGAUGUCGAUAUCUAACUGUGAGGAGCAGAAAUUUAUGACCAGAUUGCUGUUAAAUCAAUGUUUGAGUUGACUGAGGAAUUACUGCUACUGCUGUUGCAGCACUACAGGUAACUUUACUCUGCUUGUUCUAUGUGUGUGCAUGUGUGUGUGUAUGUAUGUGUGUAUGUGUAUCUACAUGUGCGUGUGUCUUUGUAAAUGAAGUCUUGUGCAAUUAACUUAAAUAUAUUUUCUAUGUAAUGUAAUGACAUGUAAAUAUAUAUUCAGAGUUAUAGAA